UAGAGUGGGCGGUAUCGGCGUGUAAAUAACCUCUCAGCAGAACCAUGACUUCACAGUCUAUGUAGUGCACCUACGUAGGCAGUAGCGAGCCGUUUGGGAUUUUAAUGUCAUUUCUACUGACGUUAUUGUAGCUUUUGCCCAAGCAGUGAGAGACAGUAAGAGGUGUGGAGACAGACCUGAGUGCAGGAGAACAUCUCCAGCCAUGAGGACCCCAGAGGAUACAUGGAGUGUUUAUUAUUACCUGAUGUCUUACAGCACAAUUCCAGAAAGCCCCUAGAGAUCCUGGCUGCAUGCUGACUGAGGAGUGUCAGGCUGCAGUGAUGCUCUCCACCGAGACAGUCCGAGAGCUCCAGACUAAAGAGCGCAAACACAAGAGCAACCUGAGUAAACAGCUGGCCAGUGCACUGUCUUCAGACCUGAACAGGCUGUUGCAGGAGGAGCAGGAGACGGACGUGAGUGUGUGUGUGAGCUCAGGUUUCCGGCUCAGGGCCCAUAAGGCUGUGCUGCUAGCUCGAGCUCCUCACCUCCUCCAGGGAACCGCGCCAAAUGCUUCCAUCAUCAACCUGCAGGGAACGGAACCUACUGCACUCAAAGAGCUCAUUCGGCGAGUGUACACAGACGAUAAGUGCCUGGGGAAAGGGAGUGCUGCCUCUGCUGGACUGCAUGGGCUCUCGCUGCUAUCAAAUGGCGCUGUGGUGGAGGAGGAUGUAGAGUUUCACGCCAGUGCAGAUCCAGAGUCUGUGCGUUUAGAGCCUGCCUCUGGGCUCGGUGCUGAUCUUUUAGCCCUGUAUGAACGAGGUGAAUCCUGUGAUAUCAGUAUCCAGGUGGGAGACAGAGUCUUCUCGGCUCACAGGGCAAUUCUUUGCGCACGCUCUCAGUACUUUCGAGCAAUGUUGUGUGGCAGCUGGAUGGAAAGCUCACGCCAGUGCAUCACACUACAGGGUCUGGGCCCCGAUGAGAUGGAGGUUCUUCUACACUUUAUGUAUGGAGCCAUUCUGGACCUUCCACCAGGGAGCAAUGUGAGUCAGGUCGUCUUGGCAGCAGAUAUGUUGGGUCUGGAGGGACUGAAGGAUGUGGGUGAAAUGGUUCUGACCAGAGACUAUUGCAGGUUCUUCCCUAAGCCUGUUGAAGGAGUGCAGAGGAGCAUACUUGAGUGCCUUGCCAUUAGCCAUUCCAUUGGCCUCCACAAUCUUUACAGCUCAUGUGUCAGGUGGGUAGCUGAGCAUUUUGUGAAGUGCUGGUCAGAACGGAGCUUCUCCAUCCUUCCUCCUGAGCUACAGAGAGAUUGCCUUGAUACGAUCAUUAAAAGCAUGACAGUCCAGACUUCGAUGUCGGUGCUGUGUGGUACUGAGCAGCUGAUUGGCUCUUUGCCUGAGGUGAAGUGGGCGAAGCAGGUUGCGUGUUUGGCCACUGAGCUACAGGGGCAUUGUUUACACACCAUUGUCGCACAUCUGCCCCGAGUAAUACACACCACUGCCUUCCACAGCCUCCGCAGGAGGGAGGAGUUUACACAUGACCCCACGCUGCUGAAGAAGGUGUGUGUAGCUGUGCGGGAAGCCGUGACUGUGGAGAACUGCUGCGAACUCUUCAGCGCAGUGGACCAACUGAGCGGACAGUCAGACACAGACAUACUGACAACACAAUCAGCCACUCAGGGGCUAGAGAACAUUGAGCCCUUCAGACGCGAGGUGUGUUUGCUACGCGCACGGCUCUGGACCUUUCUGCUUCAGUCGUUCUUUGCAGUGAGACACACGAGAGGAUGGGAAACACUGCAUCCCAGACACCGGGAACGGAUACUCACAGCCACACUUGAUACUGGGGACUGUAGAAGACUGAGUAAAAAGCCUGUCCUUACCAGCUCUCAGCAGAAGCUUGGGAAAUGUGCUUCAGGCUCAUCCUCUCCGUGUGAGAGUCCUCCGACCUCUCAGCCUCUGAAGGCUCUCAGGGGCCCACGUCCCUCUGUGGAAAACACUGUAGCAGCCACGAGUGCCAUGAAGUCUGAUAGUCUGGGCCCGACAGCUGCCACAAAAACCAAACCUGGCACCACUGACUCAAGCCGGGACAGGACCAGCAGCCCGGCUAAAAAGAAAACACCCUCCACCACUAAAACUGUGCUGAAUGGCAGUGUUGGCCCCACAGUGCGGCGGGAAAACUCUACUGCUAAUGGCACAACACAAGGCAAAUCACUCCAGGAAAAAAGUGUGACACCACAUGCCAGGCCCAAACCUGCCCCCACUGGGGUGACUGGGGCAGUGAGUAAAGCUAAAGCGAGCAAAACCACAGCAUCAGGGAAGGACUCAACUCACGGCUCAACCUCCGACAGCCCUGGGAAUGCCCAGUGUUCCCAAACCACACUCUCUACAUCAGGCAGCGUCUCACCAGAGAGCAGCGUUGGCAGUCCCCGGAACAACAGCAGCCAAGCUCUCAGGUCAAAACCCCAAGCCAUGUCAACAACAAGAUCUCCUCUGACCAAGCCUGUCCAGAAACCAGAGAAGGCUAAUAGUCCCAUUAAUAAAGGGAAUAAACCCAAGAGCACAGCGAGCAGCAAAGCAGGUACGAGUGUGGGGGCUGCAGCUCGAACGGAGCCAAAGAGCAAAAGCACUGCUUCAGGCUCUUUAGAGAACAACGCUUCACCACGAUGUGGUUCAGUCGUGACCAACAGAAAGCCUACCUUUCCCAGGAAAGAGGAUGAAAAAGAUGGUUCCAAGCAUUACACCACAAGGAAACCAACAAAACCAAGCACAGAUUCAAAACCUAACACCAAACCAGCCAAACCCACCGUAUCAUCAUCACCUAAAUCAUCUCCAUCGACAACAAAUAAAAGCGGACCCAAUAGGAAAGUUCCAGAAACCCCAGCGGCGAAAUCUUCUCCCAAGUCUGUGAUGCCAUCCAAACAGUCGUCACUUGCUGCCUCCAAAAAGCCAUCUGCUGCAGAGAAGCAUUCAGCAUCUAACCCAAAACACUCAGUGGCCCCUCAGCAGCCAAACGUAACUACUAAGGAAGUGAGGACUCAGGAAGUGAGAUCAACCCAAGACCAGAGCCCCAAAAAUCCUGUAUCAGCUGAAAGGAAUUUGGAUGUAAGCACUGAGCAGCGUUGUACUGUUCAGGAUUCUGUACCCAAAGCAGCUAUGGUAGCCUCCACUGAGUCUUUUGUUGCUAAGAAAAACAUCAGCCCACCUGUUGAAGGCAGCAGUUUAGACAAGAAACGCACUACAGAACAGAAAGCACUACAAAGCCAUACCAUUCAUACCUCCCAGAAUCACUCCAGAGAGGCAGACUUUCCCCCUGACACACCAUGCAGCCUGGGGAGCACAGACACCCCCCUGGAGGACUCAUGGAGUGGGAUCCACCCUCAAGUCAGUCCUGAAUCGGAGACGGCCAGUGCCACUACGUCCUCAGACGACAUCAAGCCGCGAUCGGAAGAUUAUGACGCUGGUGGUUCGCAGGAUGACGACUGCUGCUCACACGAGCGCGGUGCAACGAAAUGUGGGACGAUGCGAUGCCCUGACUUUUUGGGCCGCAGCAGCAGUGACACCAGCACUCCAGAGGAGCUGAAGAUAUACGAGGGUGCGGCCGGGCUGCGAGUAGAGGUGCGGCUCAGGGGCCGCGAAGCAGAGACUACGAGCGAAGAAGAGGUGGGCCGUCGGCGGCCCCCAUCCUGGAUAAGACGUGAUGAAGUACCUGUGAAGGAUGAGCCGUGCAAGAUGGACGACGAUUUAACAAACAUGAAGAGUGUGCCAGAACACCAGCACCUCUCUUCUGAAGAAGACGAAGAAGAGGAGGAGGAGGAAGAUUCUGAAGAAGAACGGUCCGAAGUAGAAGUUUUGCCUGGUGGCAUUGCACCUCCUCACCCAGAACCGUCUCCACAGUACCAGGGUAUUGUCAACCCGGCAUUCGAAGACGCAGCUGACCAAGAGAACGAGCACGAAUACCAACCUACUUCUGGUUUCCAUCGCUCAGUUCUGCUCUCGGUGGAUGAGUGUGAGGAGCUGGGAUCUGAAGAAGUGGGAAAUGGUGAUGUCUUUGAAAUUGAUGUGCCUCAAAACACCCAGGCUAAAUCCUGUUCCCAGAAGUCCACCCGCACAACAAAGGACAACCUUCAGAAUCCAGACCUUAAAUCCCUGGUGUUCCAUACCGAGGUCCAUGAAUCUCCAGUCCAGGAUGUAUGUGAGCUUAAACAGUCAGGCCCUUCUCAGCUAGACACAGACUUAAAUGAAGUCCCUCCUCAGGAACGACCCAGUCACCUGGACCUACGACUGGCCGAGCAGUACAGCAGCUCGCAGUCUAAGCAUGCAGAGAGCAAGAGAGCAGAAUUAUGGCUAGACAUACCUGAAGCUCAGGUGACUACAAGCUCACCUGCACACCCUGCCCAGUCCCCAGCAGGGGACUUUGAGGGUUGUGACAGAUCGGAUCAAAGCUGCACACAUGACCGGCGCCCAUCUAAAGUCCUGUCCCCCAUUUACGAGAUGGAUGUAGGAGAGGCAUUCGAGCAAAGCUUGGACACGAACAGGACCAAGGAAGGACCUCAGGAUGAGACUCAUAAGGACGAAGAGGGGACAGAAAAGAAAAAGGAAAACAACGAAGAGGAGGAUGAGAACACCAAGUUUGCGGAACGAGACUGGAGCUUGCUUCGGCAGCUUCUAUGUGAGCAGGAGUCGAGUCUGGGCGUGAUAAACCCAGUCCCCGAGGACCUGAACCUGGCUCAGUAUUUGAUCAAGCAGACCCUGUCCCUGUCUCGAGACUGUGUGAACGAGCAGACCUUUGCUCAUCAUGAGAAAGACAUUCAAGGUUUCAAGCGCUGGGCUGAGCUCAUCUCACCAAUGGAGGACUCGACCACCAGCAUCACUGUGACUAGCUUCUCUCCGGAGGAUGCUGCCUCUCCGCAGGGAGAGUGGACCAUCGUGGAGCUAGAGACGCACCACUGACAAGGAUGAACAUCCUUUUGUGUAGGCCAUUUUGGAGUACUGCAUUUUCUUCCCUCUACACUGACAUGUGGAUGUUUCUACGUCUUUUUAAGGGACGCCAGGUAACCUUUUUGGUCCGCACAUGAACUUAUUUCGCCUAAAGUUACAUCUUCUAAGGUACUUAACAAAGAGUGGACCGAUAGACUUGAUGUUGAUUUGCAUGUGGACAAUUUUUUUUGUAUAAGUUAUACUGUUUUACUUGGUGUCGCCUUGAUCUUUGUAGAAAAUUAAAAAUGUAUACCUGUUGCACUUGUUGACAAUGGCUUUGAAAAAUUAUUUAGUAUAUGUAGUAAGUAUAGUGCUUUACAUCCAUUGUUCUAUGUAAUAAAAUGUGUGGUUAUACUUUA